AUGAACAUCCUCCUCCUUGGCGCUUCUGGCCGCAACGGUUCUCUCAUUCUCCAAUCAGCUCUAAAACGCGGAUACACUGUAACAGCCCUCGUUAGGGACCCAUCCAUCUUUACCAACACAAGUCCCAGCCUCACCUUGGUUACUGGCUCGCCCACCUCUCAACCCGACCUCGAGGUAGCACUCCAAUCUCCUACUCCUCCAGACGCAGUCAUCUUUGCUCUCGGCCACCGCAAGACUGGAACCUCGCCUUUUGCCUCUACAGCACCAAACUGCCCUCAUGAUCUUAUGGAAACUUCAACCAAGGCCUUGUUGAACGCCAUCAAGGAUACAAACCUCACCAAGCAGCCCAAACUCAUCGUCAACUCCUCUCAGGGCGUCGGAGCUUCUAUGGCCUCUCUUUCUGCGCCCAUGCGCUUCGUUCUCAACUACAGUAAAGCCCUUCGGACAGGUCUAGAUGGCCACACCAACGUGGAUGCCCUCGUGAGAGACAGUAGCCUACCUUUUGUCCUUGCUAGACCCUGCCGUCUCACUGAAGGGCCUGUUACCGCUGUUCGAGCUUGGCCUGACGAUGGACGUGGUGCUCCGGGAUGGUCCGCUGCCGUAUCUAGGGCCAGCGUGGCAGAGUGGUUGGUUGAUGCUGUUGGAGGGAGUGACUUUGAUGAAAAAGCACCCGUACUCACCAACUAG